AUGGCUCGACACGCUACCCGCCAAGGUGUCCUUGUACUCACCUCCGACAAGAUGCCAGCCCCGACCCCAAUAACCGAGAAGCCAAAGAAGAUCCAGGAAGUUGCAGCAGAGAUUCGCAGUCUUCAGCCCGAUGAUGUUGAAGGCAUGGCUAAUCCUUGUUACUGGGAGGACCUUCACCAGUACUUCCACCCGAUCGAUCUGUGGUACAAAGGCGCUUCUAACCUCCUUGAGGUGGUCUUCCGACUCCUCAAGGAGAAUCAAAUCUGCAUGUGGGUCGAAAGCUGGCUCACCUGGGAACAAAAUCGCUACAGGCUGAGUUGUUGGGAUACUACCAAGGAUAUUAUGUCGGUGUUCGGUCCUUCUGACUGGGAUAACAUCUACGCCCACGGUGUUACCUUCCCGAAAGAUUGCGUUGUCUUCUUCUGUGACCAGCUGAAGUACUGGUAUCACUACUAUCGCAACCCAGACAUUAUGGCUGUGACCUCCCCAAGCACUAUGGCCACCAUCCCUCCUGCUGAGGAUACACUUCCGCUUGACUGUCAAGGCGCUCCCGUAGUAUUAUAUCCCUUCGCACGCGUCGCGUCAGCAUCAAUCCAAGCCACGGCCCCUGACUUUAUCCCUUCGAUUAGACGAAGUUCGGGCUUUUGCGACAAACCUGCUGCCAGCGAGGUCGAAAUUCCAAUCAAGAGCGAGCACGUCCAAAAGGCGAACAAAAUACAACACAAAGCGUCAAAGUCAGGCCCAAUCCCAAAGUCUGAACUCAGCAAACUCCAAGUCGAGACGGGAAUCGCAGGUCCAUCUCGCCUUCCUAACAAAAUUCCGCAGCAAAUGCCAGCAUAUUCCAAAUCCUCUACUACUCUUACUAAGGUGCCCCUUACCGGAAUCGUUUUCCCAAGCAAAUCUCAGCUUGGAAACGCCAGCCCGCAGACUCAAACUCGUGACCGUAUCACUUCUGGCCGUUUUCCUAAUCAGCCCGCCUCGGUACCCCAAGCACAAGGCCAACAGAAGAAAAAAGGAACCGACCAGAAGCCCCAAAAUGGAUGGUCUCACUCGCGGAAUGAUCCCAUACAUGGCCCAAUCAGGCAGCAUCACAAACAAGUUCAGGAUAGCAGCAACACCAGCGCUCAGGAACCAGCGGCCAACUCUAUUCUUCAAUGUCCUAACCUUGGGAAGAUGGGUUGUCAGGCCGUCUGGGAACCCUUUUCCGCGCGGAGCAAACUGAAAGCCGUUGAGGAUUAUCUCCGUCGAUUCGGGAGUAUUGAAGGCUCCAGAGCCUCAUGGAAACCUGACAGUAAGACUAUUGCAUAUGUUACUUUCCGGAAGGAAGAAGAUGCGGUGAAGGCCGUGAAGGUUGGCAAUGGUGCCCAAAUUCAAGAUGACACCGGCUUUUUCCGUUUACAGCUCGAGCACCCUUGGGUCACCAAACACUGGCGGUAUCAACCUCAGCAACGCGAGGCUGAAAUUGGACUACCACCAACUAUGGAAACUGCACAGCUCCAUGAGCGCACACCUUCUGUCACUUCUAGCCAGAAGGCUGGCUAUAAUGGCAGUGGCGGUUCAGCCGGUUUGCGCAAUGCCAGAACUUCGAGGCAUCCAUUUAUCGCGGAGACUGAUCCCUUCGUCGGAGGAAACCCGACCAUUUUUUCGAGUAUGCUGGCAUCUUCAUAUCAUCCCCAUCAUCCGCAUCACCCCCCUUGUCUCCAGCACCCCCAGCAACUCCAAUGCCUUGCUCCUUCGCCCUACAGGGUGCCUGCUCCAGGCAAUACUGCUCAGCCCGUCCCUUUCCACCCUGCUCAUAUGCAUUACACCAGUCCUAGCCACGUCGUCCCUACAUAUCCCCUACCGCCUCCCUUUGGCAGCGGUUUACCAACAGUGCCACCGGUAGUGCCACAGGCACCCCUUCCAGGGCUGCCUAGGACUCAUUUGUGGCCACAAGGUUUAAAAAUCCCGAAUGUUCAUCAUCAGCCUAGGAUGCCGAUGGUCUAUACCCCUUGGCCCGAACAACCCCCGCAUGGACCUCAUCCUGGUGGCCCCCAUCAACAUGGACAUAUGCCCAUUCAUCUUGGACAGCGGGUGGGACCGUCGGCAGGACCACGGGCGGUGCAAAUGGCCAAUCAGUCAUCAAAUCAAACCGGACAUUCACACAUUGAGCAUCACCAAGGAAAAUGUUCACAUGCGCAGACUAAGCAACCUGCCGAAGUGUGCUUACUGCAAGAGGAGGAGUUACCAUCCUCAAGCACCUCCAAUCUCUCUAGCUCCCACAGAAUUCCGGUGAGACUACCUUCAUCUCGUAGUACAUCGCAGGAAAUCCGGCUCGAGCAAGAGAGAGCUUCCGCUCCGCAGCAGGGCUCGAACGGCGAAGACCAACAGGCUGGAAUCUAUCAGGAAGGCAGAGGACAUCAUGAGACUUACAUCAAAACUGGAACAGUGAUACGGUACAAAUCGACUGGUAGGCAAGUUUUGCCGUCACAAUGGUUUGCCCAAGUACCCAGGAUCCAAGAUAAGGCAUCUCCGAGAAACUCGGACUUGACAGAUGUUAUCCCACCCAUGAUGGAGCCCGAGGAAGCAGACAAGGAACAGAACUUGCCCGGAAACGGAAAAGGCAAGAAGAAGCCUACCAAAAAGAAGAAAAAGGAGAAUUAUGCACAUCAAGCUGCAAAGAAGGAGUCACAGCUGGCGCCAGUUGUUGUUGCUGACAGCAAAUCCACGCAAGCCUCGCAAGAUGAGUCUAAAAAGGUGACCAAGAAGAAGAAGAAGCCUGUGAAGAGAGGACCCAGUGCCAUUGAGCAAGCUCACGAAAUGUUCAUUGCUCCUGUCGAGAGCGCGCAGGCUGGGAACACUCCCGUUGAAAGUGCUCGUACCCCCGAGACCACAAUAGUCAUCGAUAAGAACGAGUCUGUUUCUGCUGCUAUCAUGGCAAAGCCGUAUCGUGCUGAUGCGGGUGGCUCUCUUCACGUUUUCCGACAGCGUUACAAGCCAGCCAUCAGGGAUAUCUUCAAACCGCACCAAGACGUAAAAGACAUAUCCGGAGCAUCAAUUGCAGACAACACAGGGCCAGGCACGACUUCAAGCAGCAUUUCUCAUGAAACCUCGUCAAAGCGCCAAGAUGAGCCAACAGAGGAACAAAUUAGGAAGAAAAUCCACGGUAGCUUCAGCAAUCUCGACGUGGGAUUCAACCCCUGGCCACGUGCCCCUUCAGGUGAGGUUUGGAGUCCAUCCAAACGAGCUUUCUUGGUGGCUUCCACCUCAAACAUGAAGCGCUCAAUGACGCCGCAGCUGCCACAAGUCAUAAUAGAGCCAGCGGUGGAUACGGUGACGGAGCACGGCCUGCCCACUCCUACCAAAGUGGCAUUUAAGGACACCGUCACGGAACUGGGUCUCAGAGAUGAGAUUGAUGCACAUUAUAGAGGUACUGAUUCGAAGAAGCCGUCGGGUUCGUCGUUUGUGUCGAUGGCUGAGACCCAGUACACUACUGUUAGCAGCUACCACAGUGCCCGGUCUACUUUCUCAUCAGGAGAAAAUACACCUCAUGGGACCACGCCUCCUGCCUCGCCUUCAGCCUCGGUUGGUUGA